AUGACCAAGAUCAUAGUGAGUACUGCUGAUGCUGAGGAGGAGACAACUCCUAAAAGAGGAGCUGCUUCAGUAGUGUGGGGGCAGAGUCAUAAGAAGCCCAGACUAGCUGGUGGUUCUAACCUGUGCUCUGGGAGAGUAGAAGUAGUUCAUGGGAAGACCUGGGACACGGUGUGUGGUGGUGACUUUGACCUGCAGGAUGCAGAGGUUGUGUGUCGAGAGCUGGGCUGUGGGGUUCCUGUAGAGGUGCUGGGAGCAGCUACUUUUGGCAAAGGGGAGGGUCAGGUGUGGUCAGAGGAGAUUCAGUGUAGAGGCAAUGAAUCUCAGAUUUUCUUCUGUCCUACAUCAUCUUCACAGAAACGGAACUGUUCCCAUGACAAUGAUGUGGGACUUAUAUGUACAGCUUACACAGACUUCAGACUAGUGAACGGCUUUGACUCCUGCUCUGGUCGAGUGGAGCUACAGUACCUCAGUGAGUGGGGCACAGUGUGUGAUGUAUCAUGGGAUAUCAGAGCCUCCAAUGUUCUCUGUGGACAGCUGAGUUGUGGGAGUGCUGUGGCUAUAGUGGGUGGAGACUGGUUUAGGGAGGGGAGUGGCCAAAUAUGGUCUGACGUGUUUGAUUGCCAGGGGAACGAGACACGCCUCUCAGCAUGUGUCAUCUCUUCAUGGAGUCGAGCUGCAUGUUCUCAUAGGCAGGAUGCUGGAGUCAUCUGCUCUAGUUCCUCUAUGUCUGUUCAUUAUGGACGAGCGCAGCUGACUGGGGAGAGGGAGUGUGAAGGAGAGGUGGAGGUUUACCUCCAUGAGGUUUGGAGGAGAGUUCUUCUGGACUCCUGGAGUGUCACUGAAGCCUCUGUGGUCUGCAGACAGCUGGGCUGUGGCUCUGUGGUAAAGUUCUACGGUUCCUCUCCAUCCAGCCCAGGGGCCAGUGAUGAGUGUCUGACUGGUUUCCAGUGCUCUGGGACAGAAGCUCAUCUGGGGAACUGCAGCUUUCCACAAACUACAAACUGCAGCUCCAGCCAACAGCUGUCAAUCACCUGCACAGGUGAGUAUUGCCACAGGUUCCUUAGACUGGUGGGUUCUGGUAGUGACUGUGCAGGGCGUCUGGAGGUUUUCCAUGAGGGCACAUGGGGAACAGUGUGUGAUGACUCCUGGGAUAUUAAGGACGCCCAGGUUGCGUGCAGACAGCUCCAGUGUGGAGAGGCCCUCAGUGGCCCAGUUCCAGCCUGGUUUGGUCCUGGAACUGGACCCAUAUGGCUAGAUGAGGUGGAUUGUAUGGGGAAUGAAUCGUCCCUGUGGAGCUGUUUGUCAGAGGGAUGGGGACAACAUGACUGUGGACACAAGGAGGAUGUGGGAGUGCUUUGUUCAGACUUUAAAGAGAUCAGACUGACUGAAGGCUGCUCUGGGAACCUGGAGGUUUUUUACAAUGGAACCUGGGGUAAUGUCUGUAUGAACCAGAUGGACUCAGACACAGUGUCUUUAAUCUGCCAAGAGCUGAACUGUGGAAAGAGUGGCAGCGUAGAUUUCACCGGUCCGAGAGUGUCUUCAGCUCCAAACUGGAUUGAUUUUAUGAAAUGUAGAAAACAUGACAUCGGUCUGUGGAACUGUCCAUCUUCACCCUGGGGUCAGAAUGAAUGUAGUGAUCAGAGGAUAGCUCAGAUUACCUGUUCAGACCAUUUACCACUCAGACUGGAGGGAGGAGAGGACCAGUGCUCUGGGAGGCUGGAGGUUUAUCAUAACGGUAUCUGGGGCUCAGUCUGUGAUGAUCUCUGGGACAUUAGAGAUGCUCAGGCGGUGUGCAGACAGCUGGGCUGUGGGCCGGCACUGAGGGCUGAUGGGAAUGCCGCCUUUGGUCGUGGAGAGGGAGCUGUGUGGCUGAGCAGGGUGGAGUGCAGAGGGAAUGAGAUCCACCUGUGGGACUGCUCUCUCUCCCUGAAGAACCAUACUGACUGCUCCCAUGAGGAAGAUGCUGGGCUCACCUGUACAGGUUAUGUGACUAGGCUGUCUGAUGGCUCUGACCUGUGUUCUGGGAGACUUGAGCUUUUCCGUGGAGAAGAAUGGGUCACAGUGUGUGAUGCAGACUUUGAGGUGCUGGAUGCAGAGGUUGUGUGUCGAGAGCUGGGCUGUGGGGUUCCUGUAGAGGUGCUGGGAGCAGCUGCUUUUGGCAAAGGGGAGGGUCAGGUGUGGUCAGAGGAGAUUCAGUGUAAAGGCGACGAAUCUCAUAUUUUCUUCUGUCCGAUGUCACCUUCACAGAGCCAGAACUGUUCCCAUGACAACGACGUGGGACUUAUAUGUUCUGCUUACACAGACUUCAGACUAGUGAACGGCUCUGACUCCUGCUGUGGUCGCGUGGAGCUACAGUACCUCAGUGAGUGGGGCACAGUGUGUGAUGUAUCAUGGGAUAUCAGAGCCACCAGUGUCCUCUGUAGACAGCUGAGUUGUGGGAGUGCUGUGGCUAUACUGGGCUGUGGCUCUGUGGUAAGGUUCUACGGCUCCUCUCCGUCCAGCCCAGGGGCCAGUGAUGAGUGUCUGACUGGUUUCCAGUGCUCUGGGACAGAAGCUCAUCUGGGGAACUGCAGCUUUCCACAGACUACACCCUGCAGCUCCAGCCAACAGCUGUCAAUCAUCUGCUCUGGUCACAGGUCCCUCAGACUGGUGGGUUCUGGUAGUGACUGUGCAGGGCGUCUGGAGGUUUUCCAUGAAGGAUCAUGGGGAACAGUGUGUGAUGACUCCUGGGAUAUUAAGGAUGCCCAGGUUGUGUGCAGACAGCUCCAGUGUGGAGAGGCUCUGAGUGGCCCAGUUCCAGCCUGGUUUGGUCCUGGAACUGGACCCAUAUGGCUAGAUGAGGUGGACUGCAUGGGGAACGAGACGUCCUUGUGGAGCUGUCUGUCAGAGGGAUGGGGACGACAUGACUGUGGACAAAAGGAGGACGUGGGAGUGUUGUGUUCAGAGUUUAAAGAGAUCAGACUGACUGAAGGCUGCUCUGGUAACCUGGAGGUUUUUUACAAUGGAACCUGGGGUAAUGUCUGUAUGAACCAGAUGGACUCAGACACAGUGUCUUUCGUCUGCCAAGAGCUGAACUGUGGAAAGAGUGGCAGUGUGGACUGGGCCAGAUCCAGAGUGAAUUCGGCUCCAAACUGGAUUGAUGGUGUUAAAUGCAGGAAACAUGACAUCAGUCUGUGGAACUGUCCAUCUUCACCCUGGGGUCAGAAUGAAUGUAGUGAUUUAGAAGUUGCACAAAUUGACUGUUCAGUAUCUACAACCAGACAGACCAUUCAUGUACAAACUCAACCACUGGCCGAUCUGUCCAUUCCCACUGCGCUGUUCCUGGUUCUAGGAACACUGCUCCUACUGUUGCUGGUGCUUCUGGUUGUGCUGCUUUGUCAGAAUAGAGCAUUGAGGAGAGCCCUCUCCAAGAGGAGACACAUAACUCUGCAUGAGGUCGUCUAUGAGGAGAUUGAUCACAGACUCAUCACUGAGAGAACCACAGACUCUGUUCAGAGGGGUCGCCUCCUCUCUGAAGGACAGAACUCUGGUUAUGAGGAUGUAGAGGACGACCUCUUCUCAGCAGAGUCUCUGACAGAGGAAAAGGUGGAGUAUUAUGAUGAUGUGAAGACUACUAAUGACCUGACAGAGGAGAUGGUGACACAGGACUCUCCUGAGAACUAUGAUGAUGUCAUCAGUACAGGGCAGAGUCCAGACAGUGUGAUAGUAGAGGAAAUUGUGGCAGAACUCCCAGCAGAGAGCUAUGAUGAUGUCAUCACUGUAGGGGAGAAUCCUGAGAUUGUUGUGGAUCUAAUCAGUUCAGAGGUGUCACUGGAAGACUGUGAUGAUAGCAUCACAUCAGGGCAUGUUCCAAGUGAUUUGAUUGUGGAUGGAGUGGAUGAGUAUGAUGGUGUGGAGAUUGUGGAUGAAAAACAAGAGAAGCAGUUAGAUUAG